CGGGCCUGUUUCCGGGUGGCGCGUGGGGCUUGAGGGAGAGAACGGCGCUUGCUGCCACCAACAUGGAGACUUUGUACCGUGUCCCGUUCUUAGUGCUCGAAUGUCCCAACCUGAAGCUGAAGAAGCCGCCCUGGUUACACAUGCCGUCGGCCAUGACUGUGUAUGCUCUGGUGGUGGUGUCUUACUUCCUCAUCACCGGAGGAAUAAUUUAUGAUGUUAUUGUUGAACCUCCAAGUGUUGGCUCUAUGACUGAUGAACAUGGGCAUCAGAGGCCAGUAGCUUUCUUGGCCUACAGAGUAAAUGGACAGUAUAUUAUGGAAGGACUUGCAUCCAGCUUCCUAUUUACAAUGGGAGGUUUAGGUUUCAUAAUCCUGGACCGAUCGAAUGCACCAAAUAUCCCAAAACUCAAUAGAUUUCUUCUUCUGUUCAUUGGAUUCGUCUGUGUCCUGUUGAGUUUUUUCAUGGCUAGAGUAUUCAUGAGAAUGAAACUGCCACGGAGUCUCGCUCUGUUGCCCAGGCUGGAGUGCAGUGGUGCCAUCUCGGCUCACUGCAAACCCCGCCUCCCAGGUUCAUACCAUUCUCCUGCCUCAGCCUCCCUAGUAGCUGGGACUACAGGCGCCCGCCACCAUGCCCGGCUAAUUUUUUGUAUUUUUAGUAGAGACGGGGUUUCACUGUGUUAGCCGGGAUGGUCUCGAUCUCCUAACUUCGUGAUGCCCCUGCCUCGGCCUCUCAAAGUGCUAGGAUUACAGGCAUGAGCCACCGUGCCCAGCCUGAAUAAACCAUUACUAUUUCUAAAAGAAGAAAGUGAGGUUUCCAUUUCUAGGACCAUUGGAGUGGGUAGUAGACCAGGAGUGAGGAGACUUGUGUUUUAAUGCUGGUUCUGUUCUUUUCUGGUCUUGUGAUUUUGAGCAAACCACUUAAUUGCUGUCACACUCUUCAUCUGUGAAAUGAGACUAAUCCUUGUUUCACACACCUUUUUAAGAUUGUUGCAAGGGUUAAAUGCAAUACUGAAUGUGGUAAUGUUUUGAGAAGUUUCUGUUAGUGCUAACCUAGCACAGUGCUUGCCUUAAUAUACAGACACACUGAGUGAUUAUUGAAAGAAUGGCCUUAAAAUAAAGAUUAAAUAGAAGGUCCUUCAUGGUGGCUUCUCUUGUUUCUAGUUGGUUUUUGAGUUCUUGAUUUACUUUUUAUUGUAUUUAUCUACAAUUUUACUUAUGUAAAAUUCUCACAGGCCUGAAUAUAAGAUUAUGAAAUUUUCUGGGUCAUGAGAGGGGGCUAAGUGAUUGAGUAUAUAUUAUAGUAAGUGUAUUUCAACAAUUUUAUUUUUAUUUCCUACCAAGAAGUAUAGUAAUGUAUUUGUUCUUCUUUUCUUUUUUCUAACAUGGUAUUGUUAUAGCAUUAUAAUAUUUCUUAGUAUCUCCAAAAUCGUCCUUAAGGUAAAACUAUUUGAAGUUUGGCAGCUUUGAACAGGACAUGUCUAUUUAAAUAUUCUUUUCUAUCUAAAUAUAGGUUGACAAGCAUGGGUCACCCACUAGUUACAAGGAAGGAUACCAUAAUAUAUAGCUAUGUUAAGAGAUAGAGUACAAAGUGUAUAUUCACAUAUAGGUAUAUACAAAUGACAAGAAGUUACUCCUAAUGAGUCUUUAGUACCCUUGUUUCAUAGUGUAAGCUAGCUGUUGGGUAACUUCUACUACAGAGUGCAGAUACUAGUGGAUGCUUGCUUAAAAUCUUCUUGAACCUUUUUUUUUUCUUGUGAAGCUUAUGUUUUAAAGUAUCGUUUUUGUGACACAUCAGGCAUUAAUAGUAGCAAAUUUAUGUGAGGUCUUUAAAGUCAAUGUAUAUAUCCAAAGAACCUUUUAAUUUUUAUUUUAUUUUUUUUUUUUGUGGGGGACUGAGUCUGGCUCUGUUGCCAGGCUGGAGUGCAGUGGCGUGAUCUUGUUUCACUGCAACCUCCGCCUCCCGGGUUCAAGCGAUUCUCCUGCCUCAGCAUCCUGAGUAGCUGGGACUCAGGCGUGCACUACCACACCAGGUAAUUUUUGUGUUUUUAGUAGAGACGGGGUUUCACCGUGUUGGCCAGGAUGGUUUCUAUCUCUUGACCUCGUGAUCCACCUGCCUCAGCCUCCCAAAGUGUUGGGAUUACAGGCGUGAGCCAUUGUGCCCAGCUGAACCUUUUUAUUUUUAAAUUUUUGUUCAGUUUUGGAUUUGGGAGGAGGUGAGAAGUAUCUGGUUGUCAAGGUGGUUGUGUUAGAUCAAAGUUCUCUUUACUCAGAGUGUGGAUUGGCCAGGCUGAUAUAGCAGAAUGAAAAGAGUACGUGAGUUCUAGGUUGAUUGCAUUGGCUGAACAUAAGUCUAAUCAUACAGGGAGUCAAGUGAGUUCAGAAGCUGAAAGGGAGGGAAGUCACAUUUUUGAGUGUUUGCUGUGUGCCAAGCACUGGAGGAGACGUCAGUAUUAUCAAGUAGUUUUUAAAUCCUACGUUACCAGUGAAGAAACUUGGGACUCUAAAAAUAGCAGCUAACAUUUGUCAAGCGCAUAUAACUAUGAGUAGCAAGUACUAUACGAGUAGAUUCUCUGAUAAUCCUUAAAACACUUUGAGGCACUCCAUUUUACAGAUGAGGAAACUGAGUGAGGUUUGCCAGGCUCAUGCAGUAAGUGGUAGAAGUAGGGUCAAAAGAAGAGGCAUUCUGAAGCCAUCAGUGAGUAUAGGGUGUUGUAAACCUUUUUUUUUUUUUUUUUUUUUUCUGAGACGGGGGUCUUACACUGUUUCCCAGGCUGGAGCACGGAGUUUCACCGGGUUAGCCAGGAUGUUUUUGUUUUUGUUUUUGUUUUUUUUGAGAUGGAGUUUCGCUCUUUUCGACCAGGCUGGAGUGCAAUGGCAUGAUCUUGGCUCACUGCAACCUCCACCUCUUGGGUUCAAGCAAUUCUCCUGUCUCAGCCUCCCAAGUAGCUGGGAUUACAGGCGUCUGUCACCACACCCAGCUAAUUUUUGUAGUUUUAGUAGAGGUGGGUUUUCGCCAUGUUGGCCAGGCUGGUCUCGAACUCCUGACCUAGUGCUCCACCUGCCUCAGCUUCCCAAAGUGCUGGGAUUACAGGCAUGAGCUACCACGCCCGGCCUAGUAAACCCUUUCUUAAUGUGGAUGCUGGUACAUAAUUUUUCUGUUUUUUUUUCCUGAUCCUGUAGAUUCUUAAUUAAUAAUAGACUUUAAGGGUUUAUUGCCAAAGGAAAGGUUUGGAACUUUUAUAACACUAGAUUUAAUGCUUUAAUUUAAAGUGGAUUUCAGGGCCUAACUUGCACAUUUAAUAAAAGGAUCUCCUGUUUGACCAGCAUAAAGUUUGACCUUACCAGCAGGUACAGCUAAAGCUCCUGUUAUCCAGACAUUUCCUAAAGUAUUAGAGGUUCAGGGGCAGAUGUUGGUGCACACUGUUUUUUGAAGUCUCAAAGGCUCAUCUCCUAGACCUGAAUAGCUUCUGAUUUUCCCAGUUCUCUUCUGGUAAUAUUAGAGUUUUUAGAAAUCCAAACCAGUUUCUUUCCAUAGAAAACAGCUUGAUUUUGUUGCACUUCUGAGAGCCUAAAAUAGAUUGAUUCUGACUCUUUAACUUUUAGAUAUCAUUUUCUUUUCUUUACUUCCUUUUCUUAUUCUGUGUUGUUUAGCAUAUUGCUUUGUAACUUUAAGAGGGAAGGGCCAGGCGCGGUGGCUCAUACCUGUAAUCCCAGCACUUUGGAAGGCCGAGGUGGAUGGAUUAACUGAGGUCAGGCAUUUGAGACCAGCCGGGCCAAGAUGGUGAAACCAUGUCUCUAUUAAAAAUAGAAAAAGUUAGCUGGGUCACCUGUAAUCCCAGCUACUUGGGAGGCUGAGGCAGGAGAAUCGCUUGAACCCGGAAGGCAGAGGUUGCAGUGAGCCAAGAUUGCACCAUUGCACUCCAGCAUGGGCAA